CCCCCAAGUCACUUGUAGCUCUACAUAUAUGACCUUGUUGGUACGAGGCUGAUCAGCACCCCAGCCCCUAAUAAAAAAGUUUCCUAGAUCCACUUGAUGAAAUCAUAGGAUGAGUCUUGGAAAGGUCAUUUGCAUACAAAAAAUCAGGAAAGUGUAGAUUUGAAUGUAAGGAAUGGGGCAAAGCCUAUGGGAUAAACUCACUGUACAUCAGAUUGUCCACUCUAUAGAAAACUCCUGUAAAGCAUAAUGAAUGUGAGCAAUUGCCCAGCAUGAGCUUAUCACUUAUUUCCCACUGGAUAGAAAUCCGUUGAAUGUGACAAUGCAGGAAAGCUUUCUGUGACAAAUGUUACCUUGUUGAACAUCAGAGAGAAAUUCUGUGAGUCUAUUAAAUUUGAGGAGAUCUCUGUGUGGAAAAGUUGGUUUAGUCAGCACAAGAAUUCAGGAUAACAACCCUUAAAUGACAUCACUAUGAGAAGAGCUUUAACAAAAAUUCAGGGUCACUAUACUAAAGUGGUUUUGGAGUCAAAGGAUCUUUGUUCAAAUUAUAUGCCUGUCAUUACUUGUAUGUCCUUGGGCACAUUACAACCUUUCUGGGCCUCCAUUUCCCUAUCUGUAAAAUGAGAGAAUUGGGCCAGUGUCCUUUGAGGCUCCUUCCAGUUCAAAAUCUACAAUCUUGGGAGCAGCUAGUAGGUUCAAUGGAUCAAGAGCCAGGCCUAGAGAUGGAAGUGCUGGGUGCAAACUUGACCUCAGACACUCCUAGCUGGAUGACCCUGGGAAAGUCACUUAACUCCUUAACUUCUUAACUUAGCUUAACUUAGCUUAACCUUAACACUUAACUUCUGCCUUGUAACCAGUACUUUGUAUUGAUUGUGAGACAAGGUAAUCGUUUAAUAAAAACUUACGGUCUUAUGCUCAUCAGAUAUGGACUUGCUUCUGGGUACUGACUGUCUCAGUUGUUUGCCUUUUCUUUGUCAACUCAUUGAUACGGGUGAAUAGGAGAGACUGAAAUCUUUCAGUCUGAGAGAUGGACCCUUGAGUCAGUUGAAAAGUCAAUCAACUCUUUUGGCAUUAGCUAUAGAGAAAGGACGAGUCUUGAGGCUCUUGCACUUCUUUCAGACUAUAGCAAGUGGGGGGAGGUAUAUCUCCUCCCAUUGGCAGCCAUCUCUCUGUAGGAGAUAUGUGGUUACACAUAGCCUGGAAGGGAAAUUCAAUGGGGCUCCUAAACGCCAGCCCUUGUAGAUCUUUCUAGAGCCUCUGCUCAGGAGGUGGCCGGCUUCAGAGCUCAGACUUGGAGGAUGCGGAGCUGAGGUGACUUCCUGCUUAUCCAACAGUAAAUGCUCUCAUUAAUCUGGAAAGGGCAGAGCAGUGCCCAAGACAAGGACCUCAGCUGAGCCAUAAAUUGGAAACAGGACAGACGUCGGACAUGCCCAGCAGAGCAAUUCGCCCAGCAAAGGAGGAGCAGUGAGUACCGGGAUAGCAUAAGAGGGCAUUCAGGAUCCGCAGUGUCAAAGGAGAUAGAUACAAGUUCCCCAAAUGUCGGCUCAUGGGUUUCGCCUGUUUUUCCCCUUCUAGUCCAAACGUUUAACUUUAACAGACAUGGAAACCGAGGCACUGAUAAAUGAAAGGAUUUGCCCGAGGUCGCCCAGGAAAGAAGCAGCAGAGCUAGGAAACGACUUCCAAUUGUAGCGCUACUAGAGCAGCACAUUGCCUCCUUCCCCAUACUCCUCCUCCACCCCUUCCCUCCUUCUCUCCAGAGCCUGGAAGCUUCCCUGUCUCCUAGGCAACUCUGGAAGCAGCCAAUAGGAACAUCUGGUAGUUCUCACGUGGCCCUGAGGGCCCGCCCCCCUCUUGGUUCUCAGCCCGGGAUCCUAGCCAUGUCGGACUUGAGCCCCUCGCCUGAAGGGCUGCGCCAGCAGAGGCUAUCGUUGCCAGCAAGAAGGAAGGAGAAUGGAGUGGCUGCGGCCCGGCCGGGCGGCGCCCCAACCUCGAUGGAGAAGGAAGAGGAGGAGGAGGCCGAGAGCGAAGAGAGCGGCGGCGGGAGUCGGAGCUGGGGCUCCUCCAGUGGCGAAGACGAUGACCUUGAGACUGAAUGGUCAGACAGCAUGCAGAAAUAUGGAGAGCUCUUUUACCUAGAGCUGAGUGACAGUGAAGAAGAGAGUCUCCUUCCAGAAACUCCAGCUGUGAACCGUGUCAGGUUCAGUGAAAAUGAAAUCAUUUUUGAUGAGGAUUAUCUCAGAGAAGGAAAAAAAUGCGAACCCAGACUCAAGAAGUUUUCCAAAAUUUUGAAAAGUCGAAAACUUUUGCCAAAGCGUCACCAUAAAAAAAAUAGCAAUGGACCAGUAUCCAUUCUGAAGCAUCAACCCACCCAGAAAAUGGGUGUCAUCCUUCAGCAGCGGUACAAGGACGUAUCCGUCUUUGUAAACCCCAAAAAUGCAACAGUCGUGAAAGCAAAGGAGCAUCUCAAGCUUCUGGAAGUGUUUUUGGGAAUUAUUCACCAGUCUAAGUGGAGGAAAAGAACUGAAGGCAACAGCGGAGAGAAACUUGUAGUGCACGGCUUACUUCCCUGCAGCCCGGCCAUGAAGAGUGGACAGGUGUUCAUUGGUGAUACCCUAGUGGCUGUGAAUGAUGCGGAGGUGACCUCGGAGAACGUAGACAGAGUUCUGGCUUGCAUUCCUGGCCCCAUGCAGGUGAAACUGACAUUUGAAAUCGCAAACUCUGGGCCCAAAGAAGGCAUUCAGCCCAAGCCCAAGAAGGCCCAGACAACUUCUAGUGAUUUAGUCAAACUUCUGUGGGGAGAAGAGGUCCAGGAUGUGCAGCAGAACCUCCAGAGCACCCCUCACGUCGUCAUGUAUCUGUCCCUGCAGCUGGACUCGGAGACAUCCAAGGACGAGCAGGAAGUUCUUUACCAUUACCCAACGUCUGAGGCGUCUCAGAAACUUAAGAGCGUACGAGGAAUCUUUCUAACCCUCUGUGACAUGCUGGAAAAUGUAACUGGGACACAUGUUACCAGCUCAUCACUCUCUUUGAAUGAAAAACUUGUGCAUGUGGCAUACUGGAAGGAAGACGACAAAUUGCUAUUAAUUGGACUUCCUGCUGAAGACGUUCCUCUGCCUCAGCUAAGGAGUAUGAUAGAAGAUGUUGCCCAAACCCUAAAGUUCAUGUACGGCUCCCUGGUCAGCGCAUUCUGCCAGGAGGACAACGGCCCUCGGCUGCAUCUUUUUUUCAACUUGUUCUUCCAAAGAGCCCUUCGGCCCGCGGCGCUGUGGCGCCGGUGCGGCGCUCCGUCCCGUGACGCCGCCGGCUCCUUGCUCCUCGACACGCUGCCGGGGGUCCAGUGGCUCCCGCUUCCACCAGACACCCAGAUGGUGAUCGACAUGGCCCUGAGUGACUUGGAGGCAGCAGACUUCGCGGAACUGUCUGAAGACCACUACGACAUGCGGCGCCUGUACACCAUACUGGGCUCGUCUCUGUUUUACAAGGGUUACUUGGUUUGUAACCAUUUGCCAAAGGACGACCUGAUGGACAUCGCCGUGUAUUGCCGUCAUUAUUGCCUGCUCCCGCUAGUUUCCGAACAAAGGAUUGCUCACUUGGUCAUAUGGAGGGAGGUGUUUCCGAGGCGCCAUCUACAGCCCGCGUCUGAAGCAAACACGGAAGCCUUUCGGGAACCAGGAGGAAGAUAUUUCCUAUUGAUCGUUGGUUUGAGACAUUCUUUGCUCUGUGUGUUGCUGGAGGCUGGAGGCUGUGCAUCUGAAGCUGUUGGGCAUCCAGGACCCGACUGCAUCUAUGUGGACCAGGUCAAAGGCGCUCUGCUUCGGCUGGAGGGCGUAGAGGCCGGCCUGGACGCGAGGCUGGCCUCUUCCUCCAGCCCCUGUUUGUCCUGUGCUGACUGCUUCCUCCCCGCGGCCCGAGACAAACUUGACAGCUCGACCUCCUCCCCUCUCCUCACCAAGCUCCAGCACCCGUCCAGGUCCAUCCCCUCCCCCUCUAGCAGAAGGAAGCUGCUUAGUGACUCCUCUCUGAAGUCACGGAAGCUCAGCCCUUCCAGAGGCGGCGGGGGCUCCGACAGGGGCACUGAAGGGCCCGGAGAAGGCGCAGGCCCCAGCCCCGCCACCGCCCCGGAUCCACUCCACAAGCAGGGCGCCAAGGAGGCUCAGAGCCCUGGAGGUCCCCAGGCCACGAAAAAGAAAGCUGUCCUCCCAAAUCCUUUUCAUUUAGGAAGGCCGAAAAAGGACCUUUCCGAAAGAGACACGGAACUCUUUGAUGCCAGGAAGUUGACGUCUGGCGCAGAGAACACACUGUUUCACUAUGUUGCCUUAGAAACAGUGCAAGGAAUCUUUGUCACUCCGACUCAUGAGGAAGUGGCGCAGCUCGGGGGUUCUCUCCACCCUCAGCUCCUAAAGAACUUUCAUCGCUGCUGUCUCUCUAUUCGUACAGUCUUCCAGCAGUCCUUGAUGCAUGAGAAGAAGAAGGCCCUUCGUGCUGAGGCCUCGUCCCUGGCUCCUGUGAGAGAACACGGUGUGCUGUUUGAGUGUUCCCCUGAAACCUGGACAGACCAGAGGAGAUCCCCUCCCGCCAUGGCCUACUGGGUCGUAGGGAGACUCUUCUUAGAGCCCAAACCUCAAGAACUCUACGUGUGUUUUCAUGAUUCGGUCACUGAAAUAGCCAUUGAACUGGCCUUUAAACUGUCCUUUGGCUUAGCCACGUGAUGCUCCGUCCUCGACACCCAGGGGCACUGUGGAGCGUGGUUAGAGACCCUGAAACCUGCCCCAAAACGUCAUGUGUCAAAAGGCUUGACGUGGUCCACUUGAGGAAAAUGGCACCACUGAGCAGCACCAAGGUAUUUACGUGCCCCUCUUGGUUGCAGGACUCUUGAAAGGAUGCUUUCUGUGACAGGAAGACGGCGGGGUUCGUUUAUUGUCAUUGUUACAUGUAUUGGUUUGUGGUCUACUUCGAGAUCAUCAGGUUGCUUUCAGGAAAGACAUACCAUGGAAACUACCCGAGAGCAGCGUGUAUUGGCAGGAAGGGUGCAGGACCAGGAGCAGUGACUCCUGCGCUUGCCCUGGCUUGGCCACUGACCGGAGGACCCCAGACAAGAGACCUGGGAAGACCGUUUUACCAUGAGAGUCAGUCACAGGAUUGGGCGAAAUUGUAAGAGUGCCCCAGGGAGAGAAAAAUCAUCAGCCUUUGAUUCAUCUCUCUUACAAGUUUGCCUUUGGGCUUCCCUUUAGAAAUGAUCCUAACCUUGAGGAGAACAGGGAAAUGUUGACACCAGGAGAAUUUCCCACAACUGAGAAAGCGGGGUGUGGAGCGGUGAGCGGGCCUGGCAAAGGGGGCAAGCCUACAGAGCUGUUUGGCCUGUGUGUGGCCCACUUGGGCCUGGGCCUAGAGAAGGGCUCCCGAGCCCCCAAGCCAGGCUCUGCAGCCCCAGCUCACACUGCUCCACCUCCAGAAACCCGGGUCAUGGGAUUUCACAGCUGGAAUUAAAGCUGAGAGGUUUUCCACUCUAACCCCCUUGGUCCUUCUCGAGCAGGGAUUAUUCCGUGUGUUGUAUUUGUCUCUGUGGCCGAGUCUGUGGCCCCGACGGACUGUCUGGAGAAGACGCGGACACCCCGAGAGGGCUAAACGAGUUGUCUGAGGCCACCCAGCUGGUCAGUCAGGGUCAGGGCUCUUCCCUCAGGAGUGCCUAUUCUGUACGGAUGCGGGAAGAGACCUGGGUUUGGCUUUUGCACACACAGCCCUUUAAUGGGCCCCUCACCAGGAACAGUGUUACUUUGAGCCUGUCUCCUGUUCUCUAUUAUCUCGCCCAGUCGUCAUGUAAACCUGCAAAGACCUAAAUAAAGGCCGAUUAUCACUGUUCUCAUUGUAGCCAGGAAAGAAAAGUCCAGGUGAAGCCCAGCAUAUGGGGGUAGCUUUUUAAGACCCAGCAGCAUCCUUUGGGACUCUGACUCCUGAGUGGCCGGUGGAAGGAGGGCUCUCCCUGUGUCCCUGCACCAAAGAUAGACGCCUGGAUUGAUUUGGGAAACCAGGAACUCCGGCUGACCUGGCGCCUGAUUCAAGGGGAAAUGAGGCCGUUUCGUAGGGCACGUUCCAGCCGAGAACAGAGGCGUGUGCUUCCUCUGGACAAGGUGACAGUGUUCUCAGGCUGAGGUAUCAGAUACCCAGCAGCUCCUGGGGCCCGAGGCGGCGCCUGCAUAGAAAUAGGCUGCAUAGCUUCUUUUUUUAACUCGCAACUUUAGGGAUCGGGGGCUGCGGAGCAGAGAUCAGGGUUUUUCCAUCAGAGUCACGAAUAAUUUACAUCUUGGCCACUUGUCUCUGAGCUGCCCCUAGAAAGCAAUCCGCCCAGAAGCACCUGGGCAGCUCGUGGUGUGUCAUUUGGGCCCUGGAAAGCCUGAUAAAUAUGGAGGAGUCUCAACAUGAGCCAAGCUUUGGCGAUUGUCUCUCCUAGAACCAGGCCGAGCUCCCAAGCGCCGAUCCUUCCUUUGGCCCUCACAGAAGGCACAGGCGUGCUUCAUCCCCGGCUUGUCCCCGACCUAAAAGGCUCUGGCCCUGUCUGGGGCCCUGGUUAAAGUUCAAGGACCCUGGCUCAAUGACUCCUGGAUUUCUGUUUCUGCUUUGUCCUUAGUAUCUCCAAAGGGAGUGGACUUUAACUAUCUGGAAACGUCUUUAAAAACCAGAAAUGGAACAGUUUGGAUAUUUUCAUGUAUAUUUGAUAGAAGAGUGGCGUUUUGAAGAAGUAAACUGUUACUAUGAAAACAUGUCUUUCUGUUUGCAUGGGAAAUGAUUUAAUUUUCCAAAACUAUUUCUCGAACCUCUAUGAAAAGCUAUUUUUCUAUUUUCUCAUUUGUUUUUUACUAAUAAAGAUAAGUUGGACACUUCUUCACCAAAAAA